ACGCGCGAUGAAAGGCGUUUUCCUCAACAGAUAAUGUAUAGAUAAACAAUGUUGUAAUAUAUAAGUUUGUCCUAAAACUAAAAGUUGUGUUUUGUUAUGGUGAGACUGAGAAAUAUUCUUCAGGAAAUUUAGGUUGUCCUUGGAUUUUACUUGCUGACGGCAGUGUUUUUGUUCGCAGGAUUAUUAUUUCAGCUAAAUUAAUAAAUAAAUAAAAAAGGUAAAAUGAGAAUGGAAGCUUUAAAGUGUUCCCUAAGCCACUGGACCACUAUCUCAUAGGAAAACCUUAACACCUGUAUAAAAAUGUGCAUGGAUGUAUUGAGUAAUAGCGAUAGGUACACGUCGAUAUAUUACGCAAAAAGAGUAAAAUCUAAAUGGAAGUAUCGAAAUAUUACCCGAUAUGUACGGUAUGGCCCUGUCGUCCAAACAGACGGUAAUUUAUUGAUCUGUCAUCCCGAGUCAUUUCGACUGCUUUUAACAGUUCAAUGCUUAAUUGAAAUGCCGUCUUAAAACCUCUAUCAUUAUACCUACACUGUACAUAUAAAACCCUUCUUUGUGUCUCAUGCAGGCAUUUCACAAUCUGACACUUCUCCUGAACUCGAACUGGAACGACAGGUAAUAUACAACACAAUUACAUGACUUGUGAGGAAACUAAAAUAGAUGUAACUGUAAACGUCGGACGACAUGCUCGUUUACCCACGGCUCUCAUUCAAUUUCGUAAGGUAGACACUUCUAUAGGAAUAAAAAGAUGGCAAGCGCCUCGGACGUAGCUGCAGAUCUAGAGACGAUUAAGCAGAAAUUUGUUGGAAAAUGGAAGCUUACAAAAAGUGAAGGACUGGACGAAUAUCUGAAAUUCUUAGGAUUAAACUUCGUAUUCAGGAAGUUGGCCGCGGCAGCUAGUUGUACCGUGGAGAUUUCUGUAGAAGAAGACAAGAUCUGCUUUAUUACUCAUGGACCCAAGACCUCUACCGAAGUCUUCAGUCUUAACACAGAAUGGGAGUUAAAGGAUCCCGUAGGAAACGAUAUUACGGCUAUAGUGACUUUUGAGGGCGGCAUGUUGGUUAACAACUCCAAACCAAGAGGAAACUCCAAGGCGAAGAAAACUAAAGUCACCAGGGAAAUCUGUGUGGGGGCUGCAGGGAAGGUUGAGAUGGUUAUGACAGUGAACGCUGAGGCAUUGGUGAUGAAGAGGUAUUUUGAUAAACAACCAUGAUUUUGAUGUACAGAUGUGAUUAUUCCCUUUUGGAUAACGGUACCGGUAGCGAAAUGUAAAAGUCUUAAAGGGCGUCUAGGAACUAGUGAAGUUAUCAGAAGAAAUACCGCCUAUUGUAUAAAUAUAUGUACACAUCUCGUAGACGGAUGUUGAGUACGUGGUAGUAGUAUGUAGAGAUUGCAUUAGAAUGUUUGGUUCAUGCCCGGCUUAAUGAUUAAAACCGCUCCACAUACCUGAAUCCCAUUUUGUUGCGAUCUGAUAUAUCUGGUUGGUGCUGAACUUUCAUCAAAAUGCUACAAGCUUUGUUGUACCAUGUAACCAGAUCAUUGUUGAAUCAACUCGACAUAUGCGACAUAGCCGAGGAUAUCUCAAAAGACCUGAACUGGACACAGUGUUGCAAGUUUGUUCCCCUCUUCACAUGCUAACGCUUCUAAAAUUUAAAUGGGUAUCAAAGAGCACUGCCUGUCGGAAAUAAACGGUACUAAUCCAGUUUAAGUGAUUAAAAAAAUCAAUACGG